UCUGCCACUCAUAGAUAGAGAUCGAUUGACUAGCUGAGGUAGGUUCCUCAACUACUUCGUCAGCGAUGGUCUCAUGAGGGCAGGAGCGUGUUCUUGGGUUGUGGACGUGACUUCCACGGAAGAUCAUCAAUCCUUCUUAUAUUCAUGGUAAACACGCCGGUCCUUCAAAGGUGCCAGGCCUUCUUCAAGCUCGCUACAAUCAUCUCUUCUUACUAUCACUUACCCAGCAUAACCUUUACAAGGCACACUACACUACCAACACACCACACUUAUCGUUUACCAGAGUAUAUCUUAACUCUUUCCACUCAUUCUUCAAGAUGACUACCAACGGCACCGUUCAUACCGAAGAGCUGGAUGACAUGGUCCCUCUUCAGAGAGAGGAUGUUCCUCCGAUAAAGAGGCGAUUUCCCUUCAAGAAAUUGAUCCCAAAAGGAAUACGCAAGUGGUGGUCAAUAUCUGUCAACGGGAUCAAGAAAAAAAUCAAUCCACCUAUCAGAUUUGAAAUGGAGCCGAGUACUCCUGACCUCAACACGGCCUUAGACCGGGAAACAGCUCGCAAUACUGCCGCUAACACUGCAAUUCCUCCGGUGACUCCUCCCAGUCCAGAAGUGGCCGAGGAAGAACAUCUGAGUCAAACGCACGAGGAUUCAGCUGAUACCGCGGGCCAAAAUACCACCCAGUCUCAAGAAGAGGGAGACCUGCAGGAACCUGACGUGCAGCGUUCCACCACAGACACCACAGAAGCUGGCCCCAGUGAGACUCCAAUGUCAGGAGAAGAUCUAUUGCGGUCAGUCAGUCAAGAGUAUCGGAGGCACUCGUCACACCUUAGCAUCAGUAAUCCAAAUUCGAGGAGGGAAUCACUAGCUACCUCGCCGGGCAGCUUUCCAUCUCCAGAUGUCGGCUCGAGUUCAAAUGAUGACCAGUGGACCCACACUGAUACGACAAACACCAAUUCUGGUUCCCCGGUUUCCCCAAUGGAUCCUGUGACUCCUUCGACUUCCAACGCGUCACGGCCACCUCGCCGACACAGUGAUGAGCUACCACGCCCCAGUCAGGACUUUUUCGAUGAGCCUGAGUCUAAGCCGGUAAAACCGGUGGGAAAGUCCACUUUUGUACCACGUACUCAAUCACCGGAGUGACUUUGUCGAAGUCUCUGGUCAUCAGGACGAACGCUCAGACGUUUGUUGGUAGUGCAU